UUACAUGAAGUAAUGGCAUAUAAUAGUUAAUAUGGCGGACAAAAUGAAAUACGAAAAAUGUGCAUUGAAAAUUAACAAAAAGUACGCCGCAAAUUUUCAAAAAAGAAGUGAAAGGGCUGAACUUGAUAAGUUAAAGGACAAAUAUGGCGAAAUUGUAGACAAUUCUGAAAGCUCGAGUGAGUCAGAAGAUGAAGAUGCAAGGGAGCUUAAUUUUGAAAAAGAAAAGAAUUUUCUAAAGACUUUGGCACUUAUAAAGAACAAGGACCCAAAAAUCUAUGAUAAAAAUGCAACAUUUUAUUCAAAUGAAGUCAUCUUGAAUGAAGAAAAAGCAAGAAAAAGUGAUAAACCUAUGUUCCUUAAAGAUUAUGAAAGGAAAAGAUUAUUGGAACAAGGAUCUGAACUCUCUGAAUCUGAGGAAAGUUGUAGCUUUGAAGAAAAGAAUAAAGAGAAUGGAUUAACUUACAUUGAAGAACAAGAAGAGUUGAAAAAAAGUUUCAAAGAUGCUUUCAAUGGUGAUGAAGAUAAAAGUGAUUUUUUAAAGACACGGAUAAAACCAAAACAAGAAAAGGAAACAGAAGACAAAGAAUACCUUGAAUGGUUAAAAGAAAAAGAUUUAUCAGAAAAAGAUAAAACGGAAUUGGAGCCAUUGCUUCAAAUUUGGAAUAAUCCAGACCUUGACGAAGACGAGAAAUUUCUUCGUAAUUUCAUUUUACAAAAACAAUACAUUGAUAAAGAUUCCUUGGAAACUCCAACUUAUGAUGAAAUUGUUGAUGAUUUUGAAGAGGAUGAAGAACAACUUGAGAAACAGGAAGAAUUUGAACGAAAAUAUAAUUUCAGAUAUGAAGAACCAGAUUCAGCACAACUAAAAAGUUAUCCAAGAAAUGUCACGGGAACACUUCGCCGAAAAGACAACAAAAGAAAAGAGAAAAGAGAGGAAAGAAAUGAACGUAAACUUAAGGAAAAAGAGAAAAAGAAACAGGAAUUGAAACGAUUAAAGAAUCUCAAAAAGAAAGAGAUCUUAGAAAAAUUGGAAAAAUUGAAAGAAGUGACAGGAAAUCCAAAUGUAGGAUUUAAUGAUGAAGAUUUAGAAGGCGAUUUUGAUCCAGUCAAAUAUGAUGAAGCAAUGCAGAAAGCAUUUGAUGAUGAGUAUUAUAACGAAGAAGAAACUGAAAAACCAGAAUUUAACGAGGAAGAUUGGCAAGAUUAUGAAGAAGAAAAUUGGGAUGAAUGGGAAGGCAAUGAUGAAGGCGAACUUCAUUGUGAUGAUCCUGGAUUUAAUAUGGAUGCAGAUUUCGAUGAUACAGCUUCAACAACGAUGAAUGAAAAUAAUAGAAGAAAGAAAUCUUUGUUUGCUAGCGCUGUUUAUGCAUCGAAACCUUCAUUUGAUCCAAACGAGAAAUCAUUUGAAGCAUAUUUUGAUGAGUAUUACAAGCUGGAUUAUGAAGACAUCAUUGGUGAUUUACCGUGCAGGUUUAAAUACAGACAAGUGGAACCAAAUGAUUUUGGCUUAACUGUUGAUGAGAUAUUGAUGUGCGACGAUAAGGAGUUAAAUCAAUGGGCUUCAUUGAAAAAAUCAAUUCUUUAUAGAACAAGAGAUGAAGAAAGAAAGGACAUUAAAAAGUAUCGUCAGAAGGAAAAGAUAUAAAAAGAAAAUGAUGAUUCUCAAGUCUCUUGCUGUUUCAGGGAUUGAUAAUAAAGAAGAAAAUGACGACAUUAAUAACAACAGAAAAAGAAAAAAUCAUUUAAUGAAAUCUCGGAUUAAAGAAGUUACGAAGAAAACCGCAGGUGAUGUAAAAUGGCGAUGGAGGGGAAAUAAAAAAUUAUCUGUCAAUGAUCGAUUUGAAAUAAACAAGAAACGUCGAGUAAUGCGUUAUUUUCAUGGAGCAAAAUCUGACAAAAUAUCAAAACUGUCCUCAUCAAGACUGCUUGCUUAUGGUGUUGAAAAGAAAAAGAAAAGAAAAUAAGUAUCAUGUUUAUAUCCUUUUUAAAUCAUGGUUGUUAAUGGUAUUUUUGCAGCCAAAUCUUACAGCCAACUAGGAAAAUAACGCAUCAUCAGAAAAUUUGAAAUUCAGAAACACGGAAUUGCUGUAAUUAAAUUUGUGAUGAUAAAUGUUGUAGGGAAAGAGGUUGAACACAACGAAACGACUAAAGUAAUUUUUGGUUGCUUUUUAAAGACUAUUAGUAGUGGUACUCGAUUUGGAGAGUCUGAUGUUCGAGGGGAAUCUAAUAGUUUGUCAAUAUUUAAUUGUUCAUUUAAUUAAUGACGUCACAUAAAGCUUUUCGUUUGGCUCGUUGUUGGAAUGAAAGACGAAGAAUAUUUGUGGUGUGGCUAUUCUUGUCCUGACAGUUUGACAUUUUUAUAGCAAAGUCUUAGAUGCAGAUAAAUUAAGUGAUGUCACAGAUUUCAUUGAAAAUUGAAAGUUGUGAUAGAAGUGAAUGUUUGCCUGGAAGAUUUAAGUGCCCGUGGGCAUCGCUGUUUGAAGCUGAACUGAAUGAAGCGUGUAAAAGUAUUGAAGAUUUAAGGGAAAUAGUUAAACAGCAAGCUUUGAGCAUCGAUGAUCUUCAACAAAGUUCGAAAAAACUCCGAAAAUACGUACGAAUGAUGGAAAAACGUGCUAGUGUAACAAAACGUGAGUUAUAAAUGGAAAUUUUGUAGUUGUAAAUCAAGUCCUGAGAAUGACAGUUGAUGUUGGUGUUGACUGACGUUUUAUCCUUCACUCCUCACAUCCUGCAGCAUAAACGUCAAUCAACAACAUCAACAGUCCUUAGGACUUCACUACCUGGGUGAUUUACGUCAACAAACAUGAAUCAAUACUCCCAUUUUCAAACCUUUCAAAAUUGAUAAACGUCUCAGUCUGACAUUUAAUUUAGAUGACGUCAUGUCACAUGACUUGCGACGUUGUAAAGGUGGAUGUAAAAAACAUGUAAAGACUGAGAAAUGUUUAUGUCAUGGUUUAAUUACCGCUGACCCACAUGUUUGCUGUGGACAACAAGGAGGACACUGUGAUUGCUGAUAUUGAAGAAAUAGUUUUAAAACGUAUGUACUAUUGAAAAGGAACAUAAGGGACCAAGCUCAUGACGUUUUGUUUCAAAUCAGGAAUUAGAAUAGUAAACAAGGAAAUUCCUGGCGGAAAACGAAUUCUCAUAUUAAUAGACCUUUUGCCUUUCGUUAAACAAGAAUGAACAUUCAAUAACAUGAUGCGAUACAUCAAUAAAACUUUGGAUAUUCAUUUAAACGGAAAAAAAACAUUAACAUUUGCUGAAGGUCAAUUAGAUUAGUUGAUGUAAAAGCUCAAAUUCAAUAACAUUUUAGCGAAUUCAUAUGACCAAACUAAACAUUCUGUUCCCAUUGACCUUUUAGUGAUAUUUAUUGAAUUUCUUUAAA